AUGAGGUCCACGGCGACGAGGCUCCAUACAAGGCUGUCCCGAUUAGGCACCACCCACUUCCAUCUACCGCCUAUAAACGGUAUACGCGCCGGGCCCAGAGAUCCAGAAAACCCAACCUUGCCCAACCAGCGUCAGCUAUACCAGCGGAUCGGGCGAUGCCUCGCCUUUGGCUGCGAUGUUGAGUCAACCAACUAUGCAGCCCGCCUUCUGAAGACCAUCACGGCCGACUGGCGCAAUAUCCAGGCAAUCAUUCAGGGUUUCUAUGACCCAGUCAAUGUCGUCUAUACCGGCCGAUUGCGAGAUGGCGAGCAUACUCGUCGUCCGUGGCACUCCAUUACUCGAGAGUCUAACUUGGCAUACAUCGCUGAGAAGUCUACCAUGCGAUUCCUCGACUUUAUUGUCGAGACGGCAGCCCCUGAAGACAAGAGGAGGUGGGAGGUUCUUCGCGACCACCCUUCCAAAGACGAACAACUAGCAGUCAUAGACAUCUCCAACGAACUCACCCCACUUCGGCCGCGCUCUUUUCCGUUCCUUUCCCUCAUGCCGCAAACCGUCAGCGCCUACUCUAGGCUUUACGCGAACGACUAUCGAAACACCAAUCAUUUCAAAAUAAAGACUGUGAUAUUUUCGCACACGCAUCUGGUCAGAAUAGCCGAUAUCAAUGUGAUGCUGAAGCACUACACUCGUGUAUUUACUCCAAGCCCCGAGUUUCCAAGCCCCUGGCUUGGCCGAGAAUUGGAGCGGAUGGUGAAGUUGAUCAGUAACGAAGCGGAGCGAAGCGCCGCACUCAAAGAAGGAUAUCGCAUAAUGGGUGCAGUCGACAAGCUGGAGAAGGCUACAUGGAAGGACCCGAACGCCGCUGAAGAUUUCGGUUCGGCCGCGCCUUGA